AUGGCGCCUAGCAAACCAACCAAAAGCAUCAAGCUGAAAGUUCCCCGUCAUAACGCUCAAAGGAUAGGCUUGAAACUAACUGCAGAGGUCAAAAGUAUUGCCCAAGCGAAAAGAAUUCGUGCUGAAACCUCCCAACCAAACCCUGACUUGGCCCAAGCCAUUGAAAGCGCAUCAGAAUGGAACUCUCUUCUAAUGACCGCUCGUGCUGAACGUGGUCCACAAUGGGAUGUCGGUACACAACAAUUUUUAGUUGAUAAAUAUUCCGACUUGUAUUAUGAUUCUACUCCUCUUCAAGAAGCUGUAAAAAAAGUGACAGAAGAUGAAACUCCGGAGGAGCAAGUGAACCAAAACCAACAACCAACCCUCUCCAACCGAACCCCGCAUCGGGAUAGAGACUUCCAUAUGUCGAGUAUGCAUGGCCAUAUGGGCUAUGGCGGACACGAGUCGUCCCCACACAGGCAUCACGCACCUCCACCGAAUUACCCAUAUCCUAGCUCGCCAGCUAUGAACGUUAGAGGAGGGCCAGGGCCUUAUCCAUCGUCUGGUGGUGCACCUUUCAACCCUCCUACACAGUAUUUUGGUGGAGAAGCUCCUUCUACGCCCGUGCGGAUGGGCUCUAUGGGUAACAUACAUAUGAUGGAUCAUUCGAUGGGCGGCGGUCACCCAAGGGGUGGAAUGGGUAUGGGAGGUGGGGGUAUGCCAGGCAUGCCCAUGCACGUCUCUCCCGGUAUGGGACGGAGGGUUACAAGAGGAAUGGUGGAGGAUGGGUAUCCCAUGCAUUGA